AUGGCUAAUCAAUUACUAGAAGCUGUUUAUAAUGAGACUAAAUUAAAAGUAGAUAAAAAUAAUUUUGAUAAUGAAUCAAGUGAUAGUUCUGAGAAUGAAUCAGAUGAUAAAUUAGAUAUUGAAUUAAAUACUGAAAUAAAUAUUGAAUUGAAUAAUGAGUCAGAUAAUGAAUCAAAUGAUGAAUUAAAUAAUGAAGUAGAAGAUGAAUUAAAUAAAGAAUUAGAUAGUGAUAAGUUAGAUGAUGAAUUGCAUAAUGAAAUUUUAAAUAAUAAUCCUGAUAAUUAUUUAGAUAAUAAUUAUUAUAAUAAUAAAUAUCAUGAAAAUGAUUUUGAUAAUUUAAAAAAAAGAAGUUUAGAUUUAUCUAUGGAUGAUAUUUUAAAAAAUGAUAAUUAUUUAGAAGA